UAGUGUGGCUGAGCUCCAGUUUUGUCGUCACUCUAUCCCCAAUUUCCAUGUUUAUUGCCUGCCAACUCCUGUGCAACUUUACAACGAUAUACCCUCGAGCGUAUUUGAGCCCUUUCGUCGAAUUACACACGUAAACGAAACCAGUUAAUUCAUUUUCUACCAGCAAUUCUUUCAAUAUGUCGUGGGCGGGUAGGACAGCCAUCACCCCGCAAUCCCGAGCAGAGGGGUCUAAUAUGAAGCAGGGUUUAAGAAGAAUGUCAAUCGCGCGACGACGCAGGUGAUGAUGAAGACGGGGCAUGUGGAAAAGACGAAUGACCGUGAUUACGAAGUCGAAGAGAGACGAUUCAAGACUAUGGAAGCUGCUGCUUUGCGACUACAAAAGGAAUCAAAGGGAUAUCUCGACUCCCUGAGAGCCAUGACCGCAUCACAAAUGCGAAUCGCCGAGACGAUAGAUGCGUUCUACGGCGACUCAGGCGCGAAAGACGGUGUCAGCAGAAGUUACAAGCAGGCCGUCGAAGAUCUAGACGCCGAAACCAUUAAAGCCCUCGAUGGCCCCUACCGAACAACCGUUCUCGACCCCAUCACACGGUUCUGCGCCUACUUCCCCGACGUCAACGAGGCGAUUAAGAAGCGCGCUCACAAACUGCUUGACUACGAUGCCCUCCGCGCAAAGGUGAAGCGCCUCGCCGAGAAGCCCGACAAGGACGCCACGAAGCUGCCCCGAACCGAAAAGGAGAUGGAGAUGGCCAAGGCUGCUUACGAGCAGCUGAACGAGCAACUCAGCACCGAGUUACCCCAACUUAUCGAUCUCCGAGUGCCGUACCUUGACCCCACUUUCGAAGCUCUCGUCAAGAUUCAGCUGCGUUUCUGUGCAGAGGCGUAUUCGCGCAUGGCACAAGUACAGCAGUACCUGGAUGCUGACACUAGAGAUCAGUAUGCCGAGGGACAACUAGACGCCAGAGUGGAGCAGGUGUUGCAAGAGAUUCGGGAGUUGAGCAUUAGUGGCACGGUCUAGGCUUUGGGUUGGCUUCUACGACUUAUCCGGUUGGGGGAACGGCGUAUAGGUGCUUUCUGCUUGUAGAUACUUGCCAACGUCAUGAAUAUCAUGCACAAAUAGACAUAGUCCAUUGCGGGCUUAUGGAAACGCAUGCUUGUGUGCAGACCGCUGUAACUCUACAUUAUUGGGCUUUUGUGCCUUGCCUUUUGGGCGAAAACUGUGCAAGUA